AUGAACAAUCAAACAAACAAUCAUCAAUCGUGGUCGAAUUCUUUUCUCGAUCCUUAUCAAACAUUUCGAGCUCGAUAUGCACUCGAAAUACUCCAUUCACUUGGAUCUCUAUUUGAUAAUAAAUAUGCGACAGAUGAAUCUCUUCGAACAAUGAUGAUUACUUUGGCCAAUCGAGAUGAUAAAUAUUUCUAUAAAUUGGUUCUUAAUGCUUAUCAAGGUCUUCAAAAAAAUGAAUCAUUCGAUUUAAUGACUAUUUUUAAUGAAUAUGAAUUUGAAUAUAAUACACAUGAUUUAUUGAUAUUCGAUGAAGAAAAACAAGAAAAAGAUAAUCUCUAUUAUGAUGUUAACGUUGUUCAUGUUACUCCGUCCUGUAUAAAAAUCAUGCCACGUGAACGAAUACAAGGUCAUCGUGCUCUACGUCAUCGUAUUUUCACUGAUAUCGAUGAUUUUUGUCUGGUAUACUUUAAACCAGAUAAACCAGGACAAUAUAUUAAUCAGUGUCGACAUUAUGAGAUGGUGUUGAAAUCGGGCAUUCGUAUAUGUAAUAUUCGUUAUCAUUUUUUGGGUGCAUCUAAUUCACAACUACGUGAACAUAGUUAUUGGUUUGUAAGAGCUGAAUCUUUCGAAGAAAUUGAUGAAAAACGAAAACAAUUAGGAGAUUUUAGUAAGAUUACUAAUGUUGGAAAAUAUGUAGCACGUUUAGGUCUUUGGUUUAGCAAGAGUAUUCCAACUGGAAUCACACUAAAUUAUACUGAAGAUUUUGAUCGACGUGUUCAAAAUGGUGAAUAUUGUGUUACAAAGAUUGAUGAUAUUGAACGUAAUGGUUAUUGUUUUACAGAUGGUAAUGGAUUUAUAUCAAAAGGUUUAGCAAGAAUUAUCGCCAAAAAACUUGGUUGUCGCAUAAAAACUAUGAAUCAAGAUAUCUAUCCAUCUGCUUAUCAAAUUCGAAUGGCCGGAUGUAAAGGUCUUGUUGUUAUUGAACCACAAUCUACAUUAGAUCAAUUUUAUAUCAAAAUUCGUCCAUCAAUGAAGAAGUUCGACUCAGACGAUUGGACUUUGGACAUUUGUGAAACUAGUCAACCGAUUCCGACCAGACUCAACAAUCAAAUUAUUAUAAUUAUGUCAGAUCUUGGUGUACCUGACGAAACUUUUCUUCGUCUACAACGCAAAUGGUUUGAAGAUAAAGAACGACCACCACAUAUAAUCGAACAUCUUUUGAAAAAUAAGUUACCAUUACCAGUCAACGAAUGUCGAUAUAUGUUUGGUUGUGCAUUCGAAUCUGUUCUUGAACCAGGACAAUGCUUUAUUCGAUAUCAGAUUGUUGACGACGAUGGAAAACCACUUAGAGAACCUCGAUUUGAAACUGUUGUUGGACGAGUCAUUGUUACAAAGAAUCCUUGUCCUUAUGCCGGCGAUAUACUUGUACUAGAAGCUGUCGAUUGUCCUGAACUUAAUUGUCUAACUGAUAUCAUCAUAUUUUCAACUAAAGAUGAACGACCCGAUUCAAAUAAAAUUGCUGGGUCCGAUCUAGAUGGUGAUCAAUAUUUUGUUUAUUGGGGUCAAGAUUUGCAAUUGUCUCGAAAAGUUGAACCACUCGAUUAUAAACCAUUUGUAGCAAAUAUUCCUUCCAACUCUAGAUCCAUUACUAAUGUCGAUAUUAUAAAGCAUUGUUAUUCAUUAUUGGGUGCUACGAGUUAUGGUGAAAUUUAUAAUUUACAUGCAAUUGUUGUUGAUAAAAAUUUAGAAAAUUGUGAACAACGUACAUGUCAGAAAAAUGCCGUUAAACUUGCGGCCAUGUUCUCAGCUGCCAUUGAUUCUUCGAAAACGGGUUAUGUAAUCGAUCGAAAACAUAUAAAGGAAAUUCGUAAACCAUAUGGUGCAAUAUAUCCGGAUUUUUUGAUGAAACUUAAUUCAUACGAAUCUCAAUCUAUCGUUGGUAAACUUUAUCGACAAGCAAUCGAGUACAAAAAUGCAAAUCUCGAUAGUUUUCGAAAUCAAGACAUGAAUUUGCAAGUAAAUACGUAUAAUAAUUUUCAAAUGAAGAAUAUUCAUUCUUAUAUUGAAGUACGUACUGCAUUAAAUAUUGAUCCACAUAUUAUUCAUCAAGAAUUGAAAUAUUUUUGUGGUCAUAAAGUUCCAGAUGAAAGUACAAUAGCAAAAUGGGUUGCAAUUUAUAAAAAGAAGAAUGAACAAAAUGGACGAGUCAUUGAAUACCCAGUUUAA